AGAAUAGACUUGUCUUAAACAACCUUCGUCACCAUUCGAGUAUAGAUUGCUGAAUUUACGAGGUACACUUGAAUGAACCAUGAAGCCUGUUGUGCCCACACGCGUUAACGUACAAGGCGAUGUAGACGCGCAAUCGUUUUUAAGUUGCGUUAGAAUAACUGCUUUUCUGAUGCGUAGAUGGCGUAACCGUUUUGACUAAUAAUGUAACACUACCCGCACAUGAACACAGUAGCUUCGGCCUUAGACUCUUAAGGCAUAUGUGUUUGAGCAAAAUUUCCCGAUUCUGUACGUCAGGCCAGUUCCGUCACAUCCCGUUUCGGUCCGAAGCCCGAGACGGUUUCGACGGACUGCUCUCAGUAUGACCCACCGUUGACAGAUAUGCGCCAGCUCUGUUUGAUACUUCACUUUUUCCAGAGGUGCUAAAUUGUAGAACAGCUGUACAAAUCAAGCCGUCCGUCUAUUUACAGCGCUUCUCUUUUUCGGUAAUGGCUGGUCCUGCAUCAGCAACAACACAUACUAUGGGAGCGAACGGAGCCUUGACACCAUGUGAAGCGGUUCCCUCAGUCCCGUGCUCUGGUGAGUGCUGUGGCUCCUGCCUGAGGAACAUCAGAGGCUUCAUCCCGCUGGAGUACCGGAAUGAGACAGUCCAGCUGGUUAAACUAGCGGGGCCGGUGCUCAUUUCCCAGUUGAUGGUGUUCAUGAUCAGUAUCAUCAGUAUGGUGUUCUGUGGUCACCUGGGGAAAACAGAACUAGCAGGGGUAUCAUUGGCAGCUGCGGUGGUUAAUGUCUCUGGUAUUUCUAUUGGCACUGGUUUGUCGUCGACUUGUGAUACCCUCAUAUCUCAGACGUAUGGGAGCGGUAACUUGAAGCGUGUGGGUGUGAUUCUCCAGAGAGGGAUUCUGAUUCUCUUGCUGGCCUGUUUCCCCUGCUGGGCCGUCCUCAUCAACACUGAACCUCUCCUGCUUGCUGUCAAACAGAGCCCAGAGGUCGCCAGUCUCUCUCAGUUGUAUGUGAAGAUCUUCAUGCCUGCUCUGCCGGCUGUUUUUAUGUACCAGCUGCAAGGGAAGUAUCUUCAAAAUCAGGGAAUCAUGUGGCCUCAGGUUGUAACUGGAGCGAUUGGAAAUGUCCUUAAUGUAAUCAUCAACUACAUCUUCCUGUAUCCCCUGGAGUGGGGUGUCGCUGGAUCUGCAGCAGCCAAUGCCAUCUCACAAUAUUUGCUGGCUCUGUUCUUGUGUGGUUACAUCUGUUGGAGGGGUCUGCACAAGGCCACAUGGGGAGGUUGGUCACUGGACUGUCUGCAGGAGUGGGGUCCCUUCGUCAAGCUGGCCAUCCCCAGUAUGCUCAUGAUUUGUUUAUCAUGGUGGAUAUUUGAAAUAGGAGGAUUCCUGGCUGGAGUGAUAAGUGAGGUCGAGCUGGGUGCUCAGUCCAUAGCGUACCAGCUUUGCAUUAUAGCGUACAUGUUCCCUCUAGGAUUCUCUGUUGCUGCCAGUGUACGGGUUGGGAAUGCUCUCGGUGCAGGAAACACAAAGCAGGCUAAGCUCUCUUGCAAAGUCCCCAUCAUCUGUGCAUUCAUAUUGGCAUGUUUUGUCGGAGCUAGUCUCAGCAUCGCCAGAAAUGUCAUUGGAUACAUUUUCACCUCGGAGCAAGACAUUAUUAAGAGGGUUGCUGAUGUCAUGCUCCUAUUCGGUUUCAUGCAUGUUGGUGAUGCCACUGCAGGUGUGGCUGCAGGAGUUCUCAGAGGAGCAGGAAAGCAGUUGUUUGGCGCUCUGUGUAACCUGAUAGGACUCUACAUCAUUGGCUUCCCCAUCGGUGUGUACCUGAUGUUUGCGGCGAAGAUGGGGAUUGUGGGACUAUGGACAGGACUUACUCUUUGUGUGUCACUGCAGGCGAUUGUUUUCGUCACGUUUUUGUGCAAACUUGACUGGAAAAAGACGACUGAAGAGGCUCUUGUGAGAGCAGGAGUCCAGAUCACAGAAGAAAAAGAGAUGGAUGGGAUGGAGCACCCAGACUCAGAUCGGAGCCCGGCUCUGGCCAGUACAACUCUGUCCAGCUCCGUGAGUGAGGAGGGUGACACAGACCUGGAGGUGCUUGUUCCAGGACACGCUGAAUUCACCACUACAACCACAGUGGGAGAUGUUCUGUCAGCAAGACAGCUGGUUUUAAGGCGUGGCCUGACAUUGCUUAUCAUGAUCGUCAUCCUCAUCACUGGGAUUGUAAGCAGCACCUUGCUGGUGAAACUGUUCAAAUGACUCUUAUCCUGAGAGCUCAGGUAUAUGAGUGUCAAAGUGCUGCUCGUGAUGUUGAUCCCACUGAGAAUCAACACCCCACUCUGCAGCUCUGUGCAGCUUUCAGUCAGUCUCAGGCUUAUGUUUUGGCUUCCUGGUCUGUCUGGAUCCAGGUCUCAGGAACCUCCUCGUGUUUCCACUUUCUGCCACAAUGCAAAUGACGGGGAGCUGAAGUAAGUGACUUGUGAUGAGUCAAAGAGCCAAAGAGAACCAUAUAUUUUCCUCAGCUAGCAGACCAAACCAGGGCUAAAAUGCAAGUAAAUAGUGGACUUGUGUUUGUUAGUAAUGUAGCAUGUCAGUGCUUGUUAGUGUGAGUUUAUGCAUCAAAUAAGUUUUAUUGUACAAUCUGUUCAGUUUGUUUUAAAAGAUUACUCCACUGAUUUAUAUAACGUUCGUCCUGCUCUUGUCUGGUCUUCUUUAUUCCAUGCAUUCUUUUUCUUUGUCAAAACCUGGCGCCUACAUCACAGCUCAACUGCUAUAGUUUAGUCAGGAUGCAGGUGUGUUAUGGUACUAGCAGCUAAUGUAGCUGAGAUGAGGAGUGGGAUACAGAGGUCUGGUAAAGCUCACUGCUUUUUAACUCUACACCCCCACAUUUGUUUCAUUUUCAUACUUGUAAUCUUCAGCCCCAACCAGUUCUCACAAAAAGGAUUAAGCUAUUCAUUAAACCAAGGUAGAGCUGAAGUGAACUGCUCAUGCAUGACUUUAAAACCCAGACCCAAGACAAGCACAGAUCUUAUCACAUCACAGUAAAGAAAACAGAGCAUGUUGUCCACCAGCAGUCAGCUGAAGGAGACUGUUUCUUUUUCUUUGUAUGACUGUUGAAAAUGAACACACUCAAGAUGAAAAACACUGACUUAAGUGUCACAUAGGAUGGACUCUAGACAGGUUAUGUAUUAUAAUUUCAAAUUACCAGCAAUUUAAAGUCUGUCAAGUGGAUUAUGUCACAUAACAGUCUCCAAACUGUGGAAAUAUUGUUCUAAUGCACUUAGACUGUUCUCUCUAUUGUACAUUUUAAAUGAAAGU